AAUCCCGGUAACCUCCAUCAUGGCGGCGAGGGGCCAUGUGCAGGACCCUAACGACAGGAGAUUGAGACCCAUUUACGAUUACCUGGACAAUGGCAAUAACAAGAUGGCGAUCCAGCAGGCGGAUAAGCUGCUGAAGAAGCACAGGGAUCUUCACUGCGCAAAGGUCCUCAAGGCCAUUGGUCUGCAGCGUACAGGCAAGCAGGAUGAAGCCUUUACUCUCGCCCAGGAAGUGGCCAGCCUGGAGCCCACCGACGACAACUCCCUCCAGGCCCUCACCAUUCUGUACAGAGAGAUGCACCGACCGGAGCUGGUGACCAAGCUAUAUGAAGCCGCCGUUCGGAAAGUUCCCGCCAGUGAAGAGUACCACUCCCACCUCUUCAUGGCGUACGCUCGUAUCGGGGAGUACAAGAAGAUGCAACAGGCUGGAAUGGCCCUUUAUAAGAUUGUUCCCAAAAAUCCUUAUUACUUUUGGUCUGUUAUGAGCUUAGUAAUGCAGGCCAUCUCAGCACAAGACGAGAAGCUGUCUCAGACCAUGUUCCUGCCCCUGGCUGAGCGCAUGGUGGAGAAGAUGGUGAAGGAGGAGAAGAUCGAGGCUGAAGCCGAGGUGCAGCUGUAUUUCAUGAUCUUGGAGCGACUGGGGAAAUAUGUAGAGGCAUUAGAGGUGGUGCGGGGGCAGCUCGGAGAGAAGCUGACGAGCGAGCUGCAGAGCCGGGAAAACAAGUGCAUGCUGCUUUACCGUCAGCUGAAGCGCUGGCCUGAGUGCAACGCCCUAUCAUACAAGCUACUCCUCAAAAACCCUGAUGACUGGCAGUUCUACUUAUCCUAUUUUGAUUCUUUAUUCCACCUCAUUGACCAGAGCUGGACACCACCAGAGGAAGGAGACCACUGUACGGAGGGCGAGGUCCACUGCUCUGUGUCUCAGGCCAUCAGCUUCGUGGAGGAGAGGGUGGCGGCGGAGGAAGUGAAGGAGUCGCGGCCGCUGAGAGGUCCGUACCUCGCUCGGCUGGAGCUCAUCCGCCGCCUCCGACAGAGGAGCUGCUCUGAGGAACAGCAGCUGGGGGAUCCUCUGGAGCUGAUGUUUCAAUACUUUGUGAAGUUUGGAGACAAGCCAUGUUGCAUCACGGACUUGAAGAUCUUUCUGGACCUCCUCUUACCCGACCAAUGUGUGCAGUUCAUUAACAGGCUGACUGAGGCGGUGCCCCUCGGGACGGCGGGCGAGGACGACGUGGGCGUACCGGGAGACACUUGCGCCCUGCAGAGACACCUCUGCGUGGCGCAGCUCGGCCGCGCCCUCGGACUGCAGCACGCGCUGGAUACCGACGGCAAGCUGGCGCUCAUCCGGGAGCUGAAGAUCCACUACCACCACGGCUUGCAGUUCGGAAAGUCUUGUCUAAAGACGGAGCUGCAGCACUCGGAUAUGUACUGCCUCAUGGCUGCUCAUGUCUACAUAGACUUGUGGAUGGAGACUGGUAAAGAGCACAUGAUGUGGCAGGGUUUAGGACUGCUGGAGGAAGGCCUGUCCCACAGCUCUUCCAACGCCCAGUUUAAGCUGCUCCUGCUGCUCUUAUUCUGCCGCCUGGGCGCCUUCGAGCCCGUGGUGGACCUCUACUCCAGCCUGGACGCCAAACACGUUCAACACGAUACCAUAGGAUUCUUACUGACUCGCUAUGCAGAGUCGUUGGGCCAGUUUGCUGCUGCUUCCCAGUCCUGUAACUUCUCUCUCAGGUUUUUUCACUCGAACCAGAAAGAUACCUCAGAAUACAUCAUUCAGGCUUAUAAGUACGGUGCGUUUGAGAAGAUCCCGGAGUUUAUUGCCUUUAGGAACCGCCUGAACAACUCGCUGCACUUCGCCCAGGUGCGAACUGAGAGGAUGUUACUGGACCUUUUUCUGGAAGCAGACAUAUCGUCCACCUUAGAGGAAAGUGUGAAGUCAAUGUCUAUUUGUCCUGAAGAAGACGACAUCCCAUGGGACAACAUAAGGGACAACCGUGACCUUACUGUCUUCGUCAGCUGGAAUCCAAAAGACCGGGAGCUGAAUGAGGAGCACAGACAGCGCUCUGUAGAGGAAGAGGUGUUGUGGCUGAAGAUUCGUUCUCUAACUCUGAGGCUGGUCGCCUGUCUCUGUGGUCUGUCUCAUCCGCCGUCGGUCCACAACUCUGAGAAAACGACAGAAAACGGCGUGGCGUCCAAAUCCACCAACUUCCAGCCUCUGCUGUCUCAGCUGGAGAGCACAAUCAGCCAGGCGGCACAGUUUACUGAAAAGCACUCACAGCAUCAGUACCCGUUCCUGGGCCCUCCCUCUACCCGCCUGGCCCAGGCUCUGGCCAGUGGCAGCUGUCAGUGCCAGCUCUCUGCCCUGCAGCUCCCCAUCCACCUCCAAGAGCUGGAGGCAUCUGGCCUGGAUCAGUCUGCUGAGCUUCAGGCCCAAAUAGCAAACCUAUUUAAAUCAUUAACAGUACAACUUCAAGAUAUGCUGAAUAAAUGUAAAGGUGAAUUGAUGGAAAUGAAAGACAGCCAAUGCAAGACCCAGCCUUCACUAUUAGAAAAUCUAGUCUACUUUUUAGAGACCAUUUGUAUCGUCCUAUGGGUGUCUAAUUACUGUGGAAGCACGCUCCGGCCGCUUAAGUCCAGCUUACAGAAGAAGAAGAAAAAGAAAAAGGACACUGCCAGUGCUGUAACGCCGGUGGUGCUGUCUGGGUUCCAGGAGUUCUUGGGCAGUCUGCAGGGGGUUCUGGGUCAGGCUCUGGAGCACAUUAAGGGCCAGGAGAGCAGCCUGGUGGCCCUGAAGCUGGAGGCUCUGUCCCUGCAGGGAGUCUCUCAGACUGAGGAGGAGGCGAGCUUCACGAAGACUGCGAUGGAUAAGGUGCAGAGCAGCUACCUGCGGUCACUGCAGGAGGUGGGGGAUCUGCUGAGGAAAAGACUCGACACGCUGAAGUCUCUGAAGAUCUGAACCACCGGCCCUCGGAUCAGCACCCGACAGCACCUCCCCACCCCCACAGACCCGGAUACAGCCUGCUCAGCCCAUUACACCAUCAUACAGCCCUCUCACCAUCAUCUCUCUCACAUCUCUCUCUCUCUCUCUUUCUAUACAUCUCCCUCUCAUCUCUAUAUAUUUAUAUGUCUUACACUGCCUCUCUCUUUCUCUAUCGCUCUUUCUAUACAUUUCUCAUCUCUCUGUCUCUCUCUCUAUUGCUUUUUCUAUACAUCUUUCUAUUUAAAUGUCUUUCUAUCUAACAUUCUCUCUACAUCUCUCAUCUGUCUCUCACUCAUCUCUCUCUAUAUGUCUUUCUAUCUGUCUUACAUUGUCUCUCUACCACUGCCUAUCACUGUCUGUCUCUUAAAAGGGCAUCUCUUCUUUCUCUUUCUCUAAAAAAAGAGAGAGAGAGAUCUGUCUCUUCUCCCUCUGUCUCCACCUCUCUUUUUUUAGAGGAGAUAGAGACUGUCUCUGUCUCUCUCUGUCUCUCGUCUUGUCUGUCUCUUUCCACUCCCUACCUGUCUCUCAAGACUGUUAGCUCCACCCCCUUUCUCUUUGCCAUCCUUUUAUAUGUCUUGCAUUACUGCCCUGCCCCAUUAAUGCUCCGCCCCCCAAAAAUCCAUGCAACACUCAUGCACAAAACUCCACUACAGCUUCAGCCCUUCAGCAGCCUCUCCGGUGCUCUGAGCCGCCGAUCAACUGAAUCCAGAUGUUCCUCUUAUUCCUUGUGAACUUAGGUAGGAAAACAAAUAAGCAAUUUUAGAAGAACUGCUCUAUAAAUUAUUGUACAUAGUGUGAAGAUCCGAGAACAUCCACCUGAACUCCGCCAGACACAAAUAACGUCAGUUGCUUUGUCCUUUUUCUUCCCUGUCCGACGUCUCCGUCGUCUCGCCUCACUUUUACUACCUAGCUGUAGAUGCUCCUCUACCCCUCCCCCCAGCUGCUCCUGACGAAACCAUGCUGCCGCCCCCGCCCCCACACUUCUGGGCGCCGCCCAUUUUCGUGCGACGCUGCUUAUAUCACAGCUUUUCGUUGCUUUUGGUGAGCCUUGUGCACCAAAAAACACAGCAAGGCUUUAAUGUAGCUGUUCUCUCAGUGCAAUUCAGAAGCUCAUGGAGCCACAAAGCGCUUUUUUUCUGUUUUUCUGGGUUUUUCUUUUAAAUGUUUAUUUUUUUUAUUUUUGUUUUAAGAGUCUUUGGGUAAUUAGGUAUAAUGGCAUUGCAAUGCGGUAAAGGAGUCAAACGAUGUGUGGUGUCUCGGUUACUCGUGUUCUGUAAGGCUAGAGAUAUACUUGCUGUUUGAUCAUGCUUUUUUCACGUAGCCUGACCAAACAGGCUGCAUCGUGAACGCAACUUAAGCGUUGCGUAUGUGCUGCGUGUUACUGGAGGCUUCCAGUAGGGGCCGCCACUUUCCACAGCAGCCAUUUUUCUGCACUGCCCCCUGGCGUUAUUGUGUGUACUGCACCUCACCUACGUGAUGUGUUCAUUUCUGAGGAGUUGAAUUUUGGGCAAAAGAAAAAGGUGUAAAUGUCGCCUUUGUGAGUCCGAAUUAUUUUUGUACUUUUCCACGUAAUUGGGUUUAAUGCCAUCGUAUCAUGUUCAUGUUGAUCGAGUCUCAUUAUUCAAUGUCCGUAUUGAGUCUCUUUCUAGUUGCGUGCACUGUUUAGUCAUAGGUUCACUUAGCCUGGCUGAACUGGUUGCAUAAUCGAAGUAACAGUUCACGUACUUGCGUAAGUGCUGCAUGCUGCAUUACUAAAUGCUUCCACUAGAGGCCUCUACUUGCUGUUGAAACAAGAACACAUCGUACAGAUGCAAAUCAGCCAUUUUUUACCAUUUUUAAAGUUGAUUUUUUGAUGCUGCUGAGUUCUGCACUGCCCCCUAGCGUUAUUGUGAGUACUGCACUUUAUGUACGAGUUAACUUUCAUUCAUUUUUGGGGGUGUGCACAACCAACGCACCAAACGAAUGAAGAAUACGCAGGGCAGCCAUAAUUGACGUAGUAAGGAAUAUCUCAAGCAGCGGCCUUUGGCCAAAAGAGUUAAUGUUGCCUUUGUAAGUCUGAAUUUAUUUGUAUUUUUCACGUAAUUAGGUGUAUAAUGCCAUUGUAUCAUGGUGAUCGUUUCUCGAUAAACAACGCCUCGAUUGCGUUUCAAUUGCGUGCACUAUAAGGCUAGAGAUAUACUUCCUGAUUUAGUCAUGCAUUCACGUAGCCUGGCUAAACUGGUUGCAUAAUCAAUGUAACGUAUCGGUUCACGUACUUUUACGCAAACUUCUAGUUUAUAAACAGCAGGUUAAACUCUAGCCUUAAACUGCAUUAAACAGCAGCGAUCAUUGAGCAAAAGAGAAAUGAGUUUAAGAAUGUCUCUUCCGUGAGUCCGAUUUUUUUUGUAAAUUUUUUCUCGUAACGUAUAUGUCGAUAUAAUGACAUCGUACCAUGUAAUGAAUGAGUCUGGAUGUAUGGAGUCUCGAUUGCGUGUGCUGUAAGGCUAGAGAUAUACUUCUAAAUACUGUUAAACUGGUUGCGCUGUUAACCAACCAACGUUCCACUAGAGGCCGCCACUUGCCACAGCUUCAAAAUGUAACAUCACUUUGAUUUUGCUGAGUGCUGCACUGCCCCCUAGCAUUAUUGUGUGUAUUGCACCAUGCGAACGCAUGCAAGUCAUGAUAAAAAGGCGUAGUUAUGAACAGCAAGUAUAUUUUUACCCCUAAACUGCAUUUAAGAGCAGGAAACUUUCAGCGCAAGAGAAACGAAUAAGUGUCGCUUCAGUUCAUCCGAUUCAUUCUUUGUUUUUUUUUUUAUCCGUAGUUUUUUCGUAUUUUUCUCAUCGCUACAUGGAAAGCUUGCUUAGGGCACUAAGAUGUAAUGUACCGAAGGCCAUCUGUACUGCGAGAUGUAGCUUUCCUGCCUAUGGUUUGUUUCGCGCCAACUGAAGGAACCGUCUACGCAAAAAGUAGCACUGACUGCUGCGAGUACAGGGCUAUUUAUUAUUCUCUGUGGUCUGAAGCCCUAUUGGGUCGGGAUUAUUUGUACCUGAGGAGGUGGAGUAAUGUAAUUCUACUACAGGACGCCAAGAAAGUUUACGACGAUUUACGAAGAAUACGAGAUCUCAGUAUAAACAACUGAGAUGGGAGCGGCUACUCGAUUUAUGCACUGCCGUAAGACUGUUAUGAUUUAAGCUUAAAACUCUUUAAACUUAAUUGGAUUUUUAAGUUUGAAAAUUAGCAGCUACAUGUUCAUAACAUGUAUGUAAGCUAUAUAUAUGCUACACAACACAAUUCACAACUUCUAUUUACAUAAAGCUGCAGAAGCCCCGCCCCUUUGAUGAGUGACAGAAGUGACUCAAUUGGACGGAGUAAAACAGUUACGUUACUCCACCUCCCCAUGGGAAACUAAAACAGUCUCAAUAGAGUUAAAGAGACCUUUACGAGUUAUGUAACGCUAAUCACGUGUUGAGUCGGAUGCUCACGAUUAUUAUUAAUAUUAUUAUUAUGUUGCGUAUUAUCCGGUUGGUUGAGAGGAAGGCGAGGCCCCGCUCUGUUCUGCUCUGCUGGGGCCAAAUAAUAAAAAAAAAUCAGCUGUUUAUAAAAGGGGGACAACACUUGUUUUUUUUUUUAAGAACACAACGUUAUGUUUACUGUUUAUACUGUUUUGGAAAAGAACUGUAAAAUUGCACUGAGGUCCCUAAAAUUGUGAUUUUUUUUUUGUUUUUUUUUAUAAUCAUCCUGUACCAAAAAUAAAGGAAAAUUAGCGUAAAGAACUAUAAGCCGCUGCAGUCGAUGUUUUUGGCUUUUUUGGUUUUUUUUUUUUUUUUUCAGAUUAUUUUUUGUCAUUUGUUUUUUUUUAAACGUGUAAUUUUUUUUUUGUGUGUUUAUUAAGGGGAGUGCAACAACAGAUGCAACUGUUUACAAAAUACAUAAUUCUGCAUUAGGGUAAAAGAAGUAGGAAUUUCGUAUAUUUAUCGGUGAUUUAUCGCUCGCUCGGUGGUGAGGGAGGGAGGAUGGGGGGGUGGAGUGGAUAAGUGUGCUGCAGUCUACAGCUUCGCUCUGCUUGGAGUUAUUGUUUGGGUAGAGGGGUCAAAUCUUUUCUUUUUUUAUUCCUUUAUUUUAUGGCUGAUGAUGAGAGGAGAUGAGCGAAUCGUAAACUGUGUGAAUGAACAUUUUGAACGUUUGUUCCGAUGCUCGACCCGCGAGCUCUCCGAACUCUCUCCAGACUCUGGCGAGAACAUUUCUGGACCGAGGAGUUUCGUUUCGAGAUGCGCAAAGUGGUUGACAAUCCGUCUUUUUUUUCUUUUUUUUUUCCUCCAUUUGUUAGGAAAAUUAAAAAUAAAAUAAAAACACUGGAAUGUGAAAGGAUGUUUUUUAAUAAAAAAUGUAAAUGUACCAAAAAA